CCCAUGGUAACGGGGAGCGAUCCAAACUUGAGAUCAGAAGAGUUCAGCUAGCUCUCUGCGGGCAGGAUUCAGGUUUGGCUGUCACUGCUACGAAGUCUCCUGGCUUGGAUCCAGCUCUCCCCAGCAUUGAUGGUAAAGUAACAUUGUAACAUUAUCUGCUACUGAAAGGACUCGUCUGCUCAGGCUUCCUCAUCAUGUCUGACAAGACUUCAUCAUCAGGAUCUUCAGGUUCUGGCUCUCCUGUGGCUUCUAAAUCCUCCACACAGACGGCAUCCUCGGCUCCCUCGGCUCCCUCGGCUCCCUCGUCUUCCUUAGAGGAACAGGAUAGUGAAGAGCAGGAAGAUGAGAGUACACUGGAGGAAUCUCUGUCUAGUCUGGAGGAUGAGUCUGAGUGGUAUAUGGAUGACGAAGAGUCUCUAGGGCCUGAGGAGCUUAUGGAGGAGGAAGAACCUUGGGAGGAGGAAAAACCUCUCAAGGAGGAGUACUUGGAGGAGGAGUACCUGGAGGAGGAGGAGGAGUACCUGCAGGAGGAGUACCUGGAGGAGGAUGAUUAUCUGGAUGAGAAAACAUUUUUUCAGAGGGAAACGUAUCUGUUUAAAGGAGCAUUUGUGAAGGAGAAAACUUAUUUGAAAGAAAAGAAAUUUCAGAAACAUCUGGCAAAGGAACUCAAGGCAGUUGGCAAAGCAGCAGGCAAGUCCAAACUUAAAGCAAGGACCAAAGUUUCCAGUACUGUUCAAGGAAUCAAUCUCAUGGCUUCCUCUCCUUCGAGCUCUGAAUAUGACCUGAAGCUCACAACAUCUUCUUACUACAGUUUGACAGGAGUCUCUAUAACCCUAAGAGACCAGAGCAGUCAGACAGAAUGGCCCUACAAGAGCAAUUUGGGAACGCCCCUAAAAUCAAAAGCAACACUAGGUCAAGAUGACUCCUCCGCGUUAACACAUAAGAAGUCUGACUUGGAAGCCUCGGAGAGCUUCCCUCAAGGGUCCUUUUGGGACACUAUACUAAAUGAGCCUUUUGACAAGCAGGAAGAUGAAGCCUAUGAUUCUCUUCCCAGCUCCUAUCAGUCUGUGUUUAGGGAGAUAAUCACUGAGCUGGCAUCUCGCCACCAACUGGAAGAGGAACUGGACAUGCCCUUGAGCAAGCUGAUGGAGGGUGAAAACAGGAAGAAGCUGGGACUCCUGUUGAAGAAGAAUUUUGAAAAAUACAGAGAAACGAUUAUGUGGAUUAUUAAAAAACGUGAAGCAAGUCAGAAGAUGGCAGAGAAGUGCACUACCAUUACCUACAUAAUAUCAACUCUGCUACAGCCCCAAGAGCCAGAGCCAAAAGAAGUCGUGAGACGUGUUUCCACUUUCAAGAGGUUGAGACUAGACAUCGAAUGGACCCGGGCAAAGAUGAAGGCACAUCAAGGUGAUGGAAAAUUAAUUGCCUACCACAGUGGGAGGAGUUUCCAUGUUCUCUUUCCUAACUGCACAGGGCAGAUAUACUACCCAUCAGGGAACCUGGCUCUGCUUAUCACCCGCCAAGGAGUCGCAAAGUUCACGUACAUUGUUCUAGAAGACUGUGUAAAUAAAAAGAUCCGGGGCCUUGUCAACAACUCUGGCCAUGCCACCUUCUAUAAUGAGGAUGGAGGGCUCUGGUUGAGCCUAAGCAAACUCCUGGGAUACUACUUUCCCAACGGCAAGCGUCAGAAGGCCUGGAACUGGUGGAAUCUGAGCGUCCACGUGCAUGCCCCCCCUAUCAUGCGCAUCACUUUGCAAGUCAACAAGUACGUCCAUAUACAAAUAAGGAGCCAGGACAAGGUCCUCUUCUACUUCUUCCCCCCCAAACAGAAGAAGAUUUGUUUAAACAUGGGCACCAAGUUCAAGUUUCUAAACCUGAAACUACUUCAAGUCAUGAAGAAGAAGGCAAUCCUGGAGACAGACCCCCGCCCAACAUCGUGGAAGAUCCAGGCUCUUCUGGGGAAAAUAAGUAAGAGUCUGAACUUCCUGACCCUGUCUGACUUGGAAGACUUCACGGAGGUCGUCCAGGUGGCGCUCAACAACCUCACUGCAAGGAAAUCUCGAAUCUGGGUUUAGGGCAGCCACCACUGGGUCCCGGGCCUCCACUGCAUGUCUUGGGAAAUGAGAGACCUCGGGAGCUGCAGGGACCCCACAAAGACCCGUUUAUGUCUUUGAGAGUCAGCUUGUCGUUCA